GACCUGGGCUGCAUCUCCACCACUCUGCCCAACGCCAUGGCCAAUUCCCUCUGGAACACCAGGGCCAUCUCCUACUCGGGAUGUGCUGCCCAGCUCUUUCUCUUUCUCACCUUCUUGGCAGCAGAGUUUUCCCUUCUCACCAUCAUGGCCUACGACCGCUACGUUGCCAUCUGCAAACCCCUGCACUAUGGGUCCCUCCUGGGCAGCAGAGCUUGUGUCCACAUGGCAGCAGCUGCCUGGGGCAGUGGCUUUCUCAAUGCUCUCCUGCACACGGCCAAUACAUUUUCAAUACCCCUCUGCCAAGGCAAUGCCCUAGACCAGUUCUUCUGUGAAAUCCCCCAGAUCCUCAAGCUCUCCUGCUCAGACUCAGACUACCUCAGGGAAGGCGGGCUUCUUGUGUUUGCUGCCUUUGUUUCUUUUGCCUGUUUUCUUUUCAUUGUGGUGUCCUAUGUGCAGAUCUUCAGGGCUGUGCUGAGGAUCCCCUCAGAGCAGGGACGGCACAAAGCCUUUUCCACGUGCCUCCCUCACCUGGCCGUGGUCUCUCUGUUUCUCAGCACUGCCACAUUUGCCUACCUGAAGCCCUCCUCCAUCUCCUCCCCAGUACUAGACCUAGUGAUGUCCAUUCUGUACUCGGUGGUGCCUCCGGCUUAUUAUAAUAUUAUUCCUAAUCUCGCUUUUUGA